AUGGAGCCUGAUUUUAUUCAGAGGCUUGAACAUGAGAACCCCUAUUUAAUGCAAUAUGUCAGCGGAAGGCGUUGCAAAUGCGUUUUUCACUCAAAUGCAUUUCAAAAGCUUUCACUCUGUCCUGUACAAUGGGAGCGUCAUUCAAUGCAGUCUUCGAUUUACAUAAUGGAGACAAUAAAUGGGAUGGCAUCAGGUAAGUUGCAGGUGACACCGGCAAAACUGCUACCAAGGCCGGUUUUAGCAAUCGAAAAAGUAAUAUAUCGCUUUCCGUUUUUCAAUUUUAAGAAAGAUAAAUCCUAUCGAUGUGUUUUAACGCCAUUAGCGCAACAAUUUUUGUUAACAAGGCUUUUCAAAAGUACGAGCAUCGACAGCGGUCCAAACACAGCUAAAAUGAAAGCAAAUUAUACAAAGGCAGAAAACUACAAGUCAAAGGUGAGGCCAUCUAAAUUAACGUGGCCUUCUUGA